GUCUGGAGGCGUGUGUGAGAGAGAAAGACACACAACCAAGUCUCGGCUCUGCCUGGGAAAGUGGGCGAAACGAGGAAGGCUUCUUUUUUUAACUCCCUCCCUCUCUCUCUCGACAAUGUGAUGCCUUUGCCAGUAGUAGCCCCCAUUGAGCUGGCGGCUAAUUCAACAUCGGGGCUUUGACGUUCAAGUUCGCGGGCGCGUCACGUCCGCACUUGAACUUGACAGUGUAUGUGUGUGAGAGAGAGUCUGUGUGUGUAUGUGAGAGAGAGCGUGUGUGUGUGUGUGAGUGAAAGCCGCUGUCAGAGUCUGUCUGUCUGUCUCAUGUGUAUAUGUGUGUGUGUCUAUGUGUGUACACUAGCAGCUCUCUGCCCCCCUCUCUCUCCCUCCCUCCCUCCCUCUCUCACACUGACGGCCGUCCCACAAUCCAUCUCCAUCCGCCAUCUUUGCAUUAUUUCCAAUUUAUUUUCUGUCAGGGGCUCUGAUGAAGAUAUUUUUCUCUGGAGUCUCCGGCUUUCCGCUCCAGAUGUGACCGACUAUGUCUCGCCGCAAGCAAGGCAACCCUCAGCAUUUAAGUAAAAGGGAAUUUUCGCCAGAGGCUGACCAUGUGGAAACGGCGAGCACGGACGAAGAGGACGCGGUCAUGGCUGGGCCGGGCAGCGGUGUUGGCACUGGAGACCAUGACCUACUGACCUGCGGGCAGUGCCAGGCGCACUUCCCGCUGGCUGACAUCCUCGUCUUUAUCGAGCACAAAAGGAAGCGGUGCAACGGUGCGGCCAUCUGCUUCGAGAAGCCAGUGGAUAAAUCUAGCCCCUCUCCCCCACACCCGGAGCCCAGGAGAGUGUCUGAGCCCGUCGAGAUCGGCAUCCAAGUCACGCCCGAGGAGGACGACCGGCUGCUAACACCUACGAAAGGAAUUUGCCCGAAGCAGGAGAAUCUUGCAGGAGGUAAAGAUGAGCCUUCAAGCUACAUUUGCACAACAUGCAAGCAGCCUUUUAUGAGUGCUUGGUUCCUGCUCCAACAUGCACAGAAUACACACGGAUUCCGGAUUUACUUGGAAACGCAUCCGUCAAACAGUCCCCUUACCCCUCGGAUUGGCCUUCCCCCGUCCUUGGGACCAGACCCAAUCUCACAGUCCCCCCUUACGACUUUUCUCGGUGAGAACAAUCCUUUCAACCUGCUGCGGAUGACUGGACCUAUACUUCAGGAGCACCCGGGCUUUGGUGAUGGCCGUCUCCCCAAUACUCCCCCCAUUUUCAGCCCGCCGCCUCGCCAUCAUCUAGACCCACAUCGUCUGGACCGCCUUAAUGCUGAUGAAAUGGGCUUGGUAUCUCAGCAUCAUAGUGCCUUUGACAGAGUAAUGCGCUUGAACCACCCACUGGGUAUCGAAUCCCAGUCUAUGGACUUCUCCAGGAGGCUCCGAGAACUAGCAGGGAACAACAGCUCCACUCCGCCCUUGUCGCCCAGCCGUCACAAUCCUAUGCAUCGCUUGCUUCAGCCCUUCCAACCUAGCCCCAAAUCACCAUUUCUGAGCACUCCGCCACUCCCCCCCAUGCCCCCCAGCAGCACAACUCCUCCUCAGUCACAGUUGAAGAGCAAGUCCUGCGAGUUCUGUGGGAAGACCUUCAAGUUCCAGAGCAAUCUGAUAGUCCACCGGCGUAGCCACACGGGGGAGAAGCCGUACAAGUGUCAGCUGUGCGACCACGCCUGCUCCCAGGCCAGCAAGCUGAAACGUCACAUGAAGACGCACAUGCACAAGUCAACCUCCGUCACGGCCAGGUCAGACGAUGGGCUGUCCGCCACGAGCUCCCCUGAACCCGGCACUAGUGAACAUGCAAGCGGGGAGGGGUGUGGCCUGAAAACCAACAUAACCAAUUUCAACACUGGUCAAAUGAAUGAGAACGAGGAGGAAGAAGAGGAGGAGGAGGAGGAAGAGGAAGAGGAACUGGAAAAUGAAAGCCGGCCCGAGUCUAGUUUCAGCAUGGACUCCGAGCUGAGUCGCAAUCGAGAGAAUGGCUUCAAACUGCCAGUGAAUGAAAAGCACUGUGUUCUGGGCAAAGUCAUGGAAAAUGUAGGUCUCCGUGCAAUCCAACAUUACAGUGACGUGCUUACGGAUAAGCAGAAGCGUAAUAGCUUCUCAAAACGAUCCUCCGACGGUCAGAGAGACACUGGAGACGAGGACUCUGUUGCAGGUGAACUGGAUCGACCAGAAGAUGGCACAGUGAACGGAAGAGGCUUUGGUCCUGGUGAAUCUUUUCCGAUCACUUUGCCGCGGAAACCACCUCUCAUCACUAGCCCCUCUCUGUCAGUCGCUUCUUCAAAAAGAAUUAAAACGGAGAAAGACCUGGACUUGUCCUCGGCACCUUUAAUUCCCUCUGAGAAUGUUUACUCUCAAUGGCUGGUGGGCUACGCAGCAUCAAGGCACUUCAUGAAAGACCCAUUCCUGGGAUUCGGCGACUCUAGACAAUCUCCUUUCGCCACUUCCUCUGAGCACUCCUCAGAGAAUGGCAGUCUGAGGUUCUCCACACCGCCUGGAGACAUGCUGGAUGGGGGACUCUCGGGCCGCAGUGGCACAGCCAGCAGCGGCAGUACCCCUCACAUGGGAGGGCCCGGCCCGGGGAGGCCGAGCUCCAAGGAAGGACGUCGGAGCGACACUUGCGAGUACUGCGGCAAAGUGUUCAAAAACUGCAGCAACUUGACAGUGCACCGCAGGAGCCAUACUGGCGAACGGCCUUACAAAUGCGAGCUCUGCAACUAUGCAUGCGCCCAGAGCAGCAAGCUGACGCGCCACAUGAAAACGCACGGCCAGAUCGGCAAGGAGGUUUACAGGUGCGACAUUUGUCAAAUGCCCUUCAGCGUUUACAGCACCCUUGAGAAACACAUGAAAAAAUGGCAUGGAGAACAUUUGCUGACAAGCGACGUAAAAAUCGAACAAGCAGAAAGAAGUUAAAGCUCCUUGAAGUAAAAGAGACUUGGUUUUAAAAAAAAAACACACACAAAAAAUUCAAUUGUAAAGCUUAAUUAAUUGCCAACUGAGAAAGUCGGCCCAGAGUGCCUCCUGUGGCACUUAAAUAUUUUCAAGGUAUAAUUUGUGUCUGAGAAGCUCAAUCAAACCUGAGGGUGAUAUAGAGGCAGUAAAAUAAUGUUGAGCCUUUUCAACUGUGCAAUAAUUUCUGUAUUUAUUGUUUUUUUUAAAAUAUUUUUUCAAGCAUCAUGUGCAGGUACUUUUUUUUCCUUUUUCCUUUUUAUUUUUUGUUGUUUGAAACUUCUUUUUGUUUUGUUUUGGGUAUCCCUUUUGAUUUUACCCACUUUUCAAAAAAACAAACCUGAGAUUACUUGCAUUUUGAGGUGCAGACCUGUAGAAAUAACCCUUGACCCGGGCCACUGCUUAUGUGGAACUUAAUAGUUAAGCUACUCAACGCAGUAAUUUCUUGAAUAGAAGCCGCGUUUAUUCAUUCUUUUAUUUUUUAAAUAUGGGGAGGAAGGAUUGGAAUUGCACAAAUUUUUUUUGAAUUGUAAGAUGAGAAAAAGCCACAGCGGAUCACAAUCCUAAUCGUAGCACUUAAUAGGCUUUUAUCACAAGCUGGGUUCGAAAUGUAGCACUGAUCUUGCCAGCCUAUGGUGUCUGGAACUGCCGUUGUCGCUUUUCAUCAAAGACGCCUGCCUAAACCUAACACAGUUAAUAACUUUUUUUUUAAGAAAAGCAGUAGGCAAAUGAGAGAGGCAGUUUACUAUCUGGUAUCCAGUUGUACCAGCCAGAAACUUAACCUAAGCAAUAACGGACUUUUUGUUGUGUUAUUAAUUAGUGAAUAAAAUGCACAGCGAAGUAAAUCUGAGCAAAGUCAAAAGUGCAUUAUUGCCAACACCUAAGGAAACAUCUGUGCUCGACUGUGAGCGAUAUGCAUUAUUGUAGAAAUGCACUGCUAUUUUGCCAUUAGGAAUAGAUGGUCUUUGGCCAUUGUGUUAAAUAGCUAAAUUUGUACCUGAGAUAUUUCCUUUUUUUGAACCCGCACCUUAACAUAUUUGUUUUUUUAAUUAUAGAAACUGCGACUUCUGAACAAGAAACUAUGGGAAUUCUAUGGUCCAAAAGGGUUAUGGUAUACAUUAGGGAACAACUGAGAUUAAAAGUGUCAGUGUUGCUUAGCAUAGCAUUCACAAUGCUGGCACUAUAAAAAAAAAUGUUAAUGUCAGUUGACGGUUUUUAUACUGCCAUUCAAUUUGACAUGAGUGCCUUGAAUAUUUGAUCUUCCUAAUGAGUCUCUGAGACAAAUGCAAAACCAUUUUUUGUGAAGUUUAAAAAAAGUACUGAUUUGAAGAAGAAAAAAAAUCACACAACAGAGAAAAAUAUACGUCAUAUUAGAUUCUAGAGUUCUACAUGCACCAACAAUCCAGCAUUUGUAAAACAAAACAAAAAAUAAAAUCAGCGGAACUUCACGCCAGCCGCUACAAGUUGGUGAAGACGAAACAGCAUCCCUUCCCCCCCACUUGCCCCCCCCACCUAUCUAAUCAACUUCGGAAAAACAGUUUGACGGUCUGUACUCAUCAAUUGACGCUGCAGGACGCUGCUUAAACUGUGGGAACCCCACUGUAGCAAGGCUCAAAAGUUUUUUUUUUAAAAAAAAGACGCCUCCAGAGUCCCAACAAGAACGUAAAGACAGUAACUCAUCAGGAACAAUGGCUACUCCUUAUUUUUUUGUUCUGAACAGAAUUAGUGCACUCAGUCUCGAAUAAGUUUACAGUAUUGAAUAUAUACAAAGGUGGAAAAAAAACAACAAAAAAAUUGUAUGUGUGUGUGCGCGUGCGUGUGUUUGUUGAAUGAUCAAGAGAUUUUUUUUUCCGAAGUUUGCUUAGUAAAUACAUGGAUGCCAUUAUGGCCAUGUGUAUAUUGGUUCUCUGAUUCAACUGGUGAAGGGGUUUAAUAUAUAUAUUACAGUUUCUUGAUCACUGUAAAAGUGUACCAGUAUUUGUAAUAAUGGAGAAUGCCUGGGCAUUUUACAAAAUGGAGAAAAAAAACAAAAAAAUUUUUUUUUCAGAAAUGGAAAUUGUUGCAGUAAAUUUGUGGGUCUAAAAUUGUACUUGUCACUGUAAUUGUAAAGUCUAAUUGACUAUCAGUUUUAGUAGACUUUUUUGCCUUGGGUGUUUUAUCUUUUUUCAAAAAUUGUAUAGAACUUGUAUUGGGAAGAACGAUUACUGCUACCAUAUGUAGACAAGAAAAAAAAUUAGUAGAAAAGUGCAUAUUCAUGUAAUUGCUUUGCUUAAAUCACAUUCCUGACCUGUACUUUUUUCCCUCUGUUUCUCUGGAAUGGUUACUUGGUAUUGGUUCAUAAUAGUGUAGGCACUUGCUGUAUUUAUACAGGAGCUUGUAUUUUUUAACUGUUUGCUUGUCCUUUUAAAGGUACAACAAAAAAGUACCUUUUUUUUGGUAGUGGAUUAGAAAAAGAACACAGGCUGCCAUAAUAUAUUUUUUUAAUUUUGGCAGGAUAAAAAUAGUGCAAAAAUAAUUUGUAUGUUCUGAAAUCUUAUUGUACAGGAGAAAAAGAAAGGUCGUGUAACGACCUUUUGUUAAAAAAAAUACAAAAAGGAAUUAGGAAAUGCAUUGCUGGUCACUGAUAAUUUGAUUUUCAUUUGUACAGUUUCCCUCCCAGAUUCCCUGUUGGAUAUGCACGGUUUACAGUUUCGCCAGUCUGUUUCAUUUAUUUUUUUUCUUCAUGAUUUGCUGCCUUCGCUCUCCCUAUUCUCAUGGACUCAGUUCAAAUCCGUUGUGGUCAGAGUCAGAUCAAUGUAAAUCGGACUGAAUGAGAACUAAAAUAUGUUGCAUCUCGCGCUGCUUUAAGGGUCAUUCAGUACGUGACAUUGAAGACAGCAGAUGAAUUGUAUUGUGUCCAUGUUGGGCAGUUGUAUGCUCACAGGGAUGAGAAGUUUCAUUAUUUUGGGCACAUGUCUGCCUUUCAUAAGUUUUGUAAAAUAGUUGCCCAGCUUUUUUUUUUGAAGAAAACAAUGAUUGAAUUAAACUAUGAUGUUUGCAGUAUGUAGUGACCACUAGGUGUCACUGAAACAUUCAAUUGUCAGUGCGCUAGCGACCACUAAUGGUAGUGAACAAAUACUGCAUUUUUCCAAAAUGGAACUCCCUUCAGUGGUUCCUUAUGUUAUUUUCUCUUGGAACUCCUCUCUUGUCCCUGAUACAUCCACAUUAUGUGCAUGGCACUGUUUUGUUUUACAUUUCCAUGGGGAUUUGGGUUUCAGGCCUCCUUGAUCUGCUGCUGUGUAAAACUGAUGAGGCAGGUACAAGUAUAUGUUGAUCUAACUGCCAUUUGGUUUUCUUUUAAAUUUUGUGUUAACAGGAUCAUUCACUCCUUUUUUCACAUUCCACGGGUUCCUCAACGUAUGUAAUAAUAGGUAAGAGGUGGGAUGAAACCUUUUGUAUUUUGACACUUUGAAAUUUGCACUAAAAGGCAGAAACGAAACAAAAACCACCCUGGAUGAAUAAUCUGUAUAACCUUUAACUGUUAAGGUCUGAAAUAUUAUCACUCCACUACCUAAGACAUGGGCAGCAUUCAUUAAACUCCACGUGUUCAAAGUUGCUUAUCAGUUGAUGGGCUAAGUGGCUUGAAAUAUCCAAUUGUUAGUGAGUUUGAUAUUCAGACAUUCCAGUGCAUUUCUGUGAAUAAAAUGUAGCAUGAAAGCUGUAGAGGCUCCAUUGCAUAUCUGUUGAUCUGCAACAGCUAUCACUGUUUGGCCUAGGUUGUGUCAGCUGUUGACAGUUACACAUUUUUAAUUGAUUUUACCAAUAUAAGGUAACAAGGGACUAUUUAAGCAUUUUUCUCUAGCUCUAGUGGAAAGUGUUCACGACAGUUUUCCUUGCAUCAUUCUUAUUACCGCGAGUAAUUCGGUGAGAUGGAAGGAGGUUGAUCCAAUAUUAACCUAAGCUACGGCUGAGUGUCAGCCCCGUGAGUUCAAGAGAUGCACCUCCCACUGGUUGGAUGCCAGAAACAAAGGUAUCAGCUUUGACAGACAAUAUUCAUUGGCCAAAAAGAAAAUGUUAAAUUCAUUAUGUCAAGAAGGAAUAAUUCAUGGAGCCAACUUCUUCAGUGUACCACUUCACGGGGCUUCUGGCAGUCGUCUUAGCAUGUCAGUCAAAGUUUUUUUUUAACUUCCCCGUUUACAUCUUCCUUGUAAAACAGGCAGACAGCAGAGAAAGCACUUUGCCGAAUUCUGCAAAUGAUGCACCUGUCAUUACUGCAGUGAUAGAUCAGAAAGUUGAUUUUAAAAUUAAUAUGUUGUCAUCAAAUGGUCACUAUUAUUAGAUUCCAUAUGUAAAUUUUUAGGUUAUAAUUGGUUCCCACAACGUUUGUUUUACCAGUGUAAGAUAUCAAUGUGCCCUCACUGUUCUGUUUUCUAAGGUCUUGGCAUUGGAAAGCUUUUAGGAAAACAUUGAUAAACAGGCAGUGUACAAAAGUGUAAAGGAAGGAGCAUUCUCUUGUUUGAGUAGGUUUCAUACCACCGAGGGGAGGUGGGGAACUAGAUCUAAUCUGUUACAGCAAUAUUUUACAGCAUAAUCCUUUUGGCCACAAAGAGGAAAAGACAGUCAUCAUGGUGAACACUGAGUAUUUGUAUAUUGGCAGCCACUGCGUUUAUUACAAUGGACACAGGUUUUACUGAACUAGAUAAAACCUAGAUUAUAUACCUAAGUUUUCAAAUUUUAUCUGUGAAAGAUUAAUGGAAUUGGGGAAAAAAAAUUCUGCUUUUAAGUGCCAGAUUCCAGUACUUGGUGCUGAAGAAAUAAUGAACUCAAAAUUAAGCCAGUGUAGCAGUUGCACAAUGGAUUUAUAUAGAGAACUCGUACCUGCUUCCUUGAAGUUGACAAAUCAUUCAAAACAAAAAAAAUCAUUGUAGUUUAUUGUAUUGGCGUCCUGCCCAUGAUCAUUUUAUGUUGGGUGAGUUUAGGAUUAAUUGAUUUUGCAUGCUCCUUUAUAUUGUGGUGUUCAGUGCUCUGAUAUUGGUCUCCAUCAGUAUUCAGUUUUUGGGCUGUGCUAUUUCAGCAGCUUCUGACAUUGUGUGCCACUACACAAGAUUCACCUCCCCAUGCUGCCAUUUACCACCAACCAGUCAACAUUGUGUACUUUCAAUGAGGAUUUUUGCAAGGAAAAAUACUGACAAACAUUCAAAGGUUAAGAGCUCACGUUUCAUCCCACCUCUGUUAAAUACAGUCCACAGGUUGUUUUAUCAUGACCAAAACACUUUAACGGUGCUGUUGUAUUUUUAAGAAUUGUACUUAAAAUGCAAAGCAAAUCAAUGCCACUUGAGUUGGACCUAUUUGUAAUGGCAAGGCAAAAUAUUUUAUUAGCUUUUUUCUAUUUCUGUAUUUAGAGCUUUUUAUUGUAACUUGAGAUUUGGUCUUAUACUACAAGUUUGAACUAUUUAUUAUUGCUUGUGUUGUGCUCUGUUUAAAACAGAUGCACAUUAUCCUUUUUUUAUGUUGAAGUGCUGACCAGAGGUCACAUCAGCUUGGCUUUGUGAAAUAUUUAUUGUUCUGUUUUUCUGUACAAAAUCAAGCCCUCUCCUAAUCCACACUGUUUUCAGCUUGUGUCUACCAUUUCAUUCAUACACUCAUCCAAAUGUUUGUCCCAUUUUCAAGUGAAAGAAAUAAAUCAAAAAUUAUCUUUACAA